GAAACACUCAGUUUGUUGGUUGCAUUGAUACGUUGUUGAGAAUAUUUUUUUAUUAUACAGCUCAUGCAAUUUAACUUAGCAGGUGUAUUUUUAUGUUUGAACAUUCGUGACAUGCUGUGGCCUUGAAUAAGCUCAUUAUCAAUGCCAACACCGCCUCUUUUUAGUGAAGUCACUGAAAAAUGGGUCUUUAUGUAAAUAAUGGAUAUAUUGAAAAGAAUUGACAUGCUCCUAAACUAUCACACCGCGUCUGCCAUUCUGGGAACGUUCCAGUGCAGCGGAUGAAUUCCGCACAAAGGCAGAGAGGCUCCCGUCUGGCUGACGCCGGUUUAUGCGACUGGAGCGUCUCCGUCUCCUUGCAAACAUACGCGGUACACCUCCGGGCAGACACAGGAAUAUUGAAAGUGAAGACUGUCAAGUUGGAUACACGUGAGGUAAGAAAUUAACUGAGGUUUCUAUAUAUAUUUUGUUUUAUAAAUAUUCUGAUUAUGUAGUUAUUUAGGUUAUUUUUGAGGUUAUUGAGGUUAUUAUUCAAAUGGAAAAGUAUUGCUGAAAUAGCCCUAACAAGUGACAAUAAAUGGCUUAUAUUUAUCUGGUGACAUAGGUGUCAUGUGACCUUUUGUAGCUACUUUUAAAUUCUACUUUUAUUUCAAUACUUAAGUAAAGUAGUUUGUGUUAUCCGUUAGAAGCUAGAGUUAAAGCGCGUGGCUUGUUACAGCCCACAGUCUGUCAAUGAGAUGCGCGAUUUAGUCUGGGAACAGUUCAGUGAGGUAUGCUCUAGGCUACCUGUAUGGAGUAGAGUGAUUUUACAGCAUUUUUAUUCAGCGAUAAGUAUGAACAGUCAUAGAAAAGGUUCAAGUAAGCCUUCAGAAUGCAUGGGCUUAGGUUUCAAGGCUGCCUUGAUGAUACAGCAUUAGGUGAUUAUGCCUAUCUCGGCUCGUAGACUUGGUGACGCCAGUUUCAUAAAAACGAAAACAAGAAUGGAACAAAAGUAUUCAUGUCGCGUUGCACUGAACUUGAACGCCCUCUUUCAUUUACCAACGUAGCACAUUUACUGUUUUUAGCCUGCUGAUGUAGACUACCCUCGGGCGAAAUAUAUUUUCGGUUUGUUAACUUAAAUGCCAUUGAAUAAUAGUGGUCUUGCUUUGCACAGAUUGUCAGAAUUCAUGUCAUGCAGCUUACGUCCAAAUAACUGUCACGCAACUCACGUCUAAAUAACUGUCACGUUUUGCUCAGCUGGUUAUACUUAAUUUAUUCCAAAAUGUUUUUUUGGAGUUGUGUUGGCAGUGUUACACGAAGCAGGAGUUUAGAUGUCAUGAGUUCAUUUGGUCGUUUGGUUCAUUUUGGUGACUGAGUUGCCCUUGUUUGUUGUUAUAAUUUUUACAGUGAGAAAGAAAACUUCUGUCCAACAUGAACAUACACAUGAAAUUUGAGUUAGCUACUCACUGAUGAAUGACUAACUGAAAUUAAAGGCAAGAUUCCUUUACUAUCUUAUACUGAGAGGACAUGGAACUAGCUUUAAGUGUUAGUUUAGAGGUUUGUGAAUCCACAACAAUAUUGAAGACACUCAACCAAAAAAAGGUAAAGCAAGAAGAACUCAUACCUCAUAGGAUCUAUACAUCUGCUGGUGUGAGGUAUUUUGUUCUAGAUGUCAAAGAAACCAAAAUUGCAUUUUGUGACAAGUAAGUCAUUCUUAAUUAACUUAAUAAUCAGUUUUUUUUUAACGUUAAUAUUUUUUUCCACCAGAUUCAUCCGUAAUCCUGAUCUUGGAUCCUCUGACUUUGAAAAAAAAAAAAAAAAACAUUCCUUGUCAUAUUGUCACAUUCACCUCACACCUGCAGUCUUCUGGAUCCCUGGCCCUGCCAUCUUUAUUUCCUCAAACAAGUUCAAACUAAACUUACACUCUUCUUUGCUGGUCAUCGCUUUGACUGUGUCCCCUGAGGACUGUACAGCUACGGCCAUGCACUCCACCACGUCCAUCACCUCACUCUUCUCCUUCACCAGUCCGGCCGUGAAGCGUCUCUUGGGCUGGAAGCAGGGCGACGAGGAGGAGAAGUGGGCCGAGAAGGCCGUGGACUCCCUGGUGAAGAAGCUGAAGAAGAAGAAAGGGGCCAUGGAGGAACUGGAGAAAGCACUGAGUUGCCCGGGACAGGCCACAAAAUGUGUGACCAUUCCACGCUCGCUUGACGGGAGGCUACAGGUGUCGCACCGCAAAGGCCUCCCUCACGUCAUCUACUGCCGCGUGUGGCGCUGGCCUGACCUACAGUCUCACCACGAGCUGAAGGCCCUGGACUGCUGUGAGUUCCCCUUCGGCGCCAAGCAGAAGGACAUCUGCAUCAACCCAUACCACUAUCGACGUGUUGAAACUCCAGUGUUGCCACCGGUGCUCGUGCCUCGGCACAGCGAGUUCAACCCACAGCACAGUUUACUGGCCAAGUUCCGCAACGCUUCCAUUCACAACGAGCCUCUCAUGCCUCAGAACGCCACUUACCCCGAGUCCUUUCCCACAAUGCCGUGCAACUCCUUCUCCUCCCCCUCUGGCUCUCUCACGCAGUCACCCAACGUGGCCAACUACCCAGACUCUCCCAGCAGUGCCGCUGACCCGGGGAGCCCUUACCACAUCACCGCAGAGACCCCUCCUCCUCCCUACUCCAUGAUGGAGGCAAUCACACCAGAGGAGGCGAAGCAGGGUGACACUAGUACUCCCAUCAAGCUCGUCUUCUCCGCCCCGCACACAGACCUGCGCCCGGUGUGCUAUGAGGAGCCGGAGUACUGGUGCUCAGUGGCCUACUACGAGCUGAACAACCGGGUGGGCGAGACCUUCCACGCCUCUGCCCGCAGCAUCCUGGUGGACGGCUUCACCGAUCCCUCCAACAACAAGAACCGCUUCUGCCUCGGCCUGCUCUCCAACGUCAACCGCAACUCCACGAUAGAGCACACGCGCAGGCACAUAGGCAAAGGAGUCCAUCUUUACUAUGUGGGCGGAGAGGUGUACGCAGAAUGCCUGAGUGACAGCAGCAUUUUUGUCCAGAGUCGGAACUGUAACUACCAGCACGGUUUCCACGCGACCACCGUCUGUAAAAUCCCGAGUGGCUGCAGCCUGAAGAUAUUCAACAACCAGCUGUUUGCCCAGUUGCUCUCCCAGUCUGUCAACCACGGCUUUGAAGUGGUCUACGAGCUUACCAAGAUGUGCACCAUUAGAAUGAGCUUUGUCAAGGGCUGGGGUGCAGAGUAUCAUCGACAGGACGUCACCAGCACCCCUUGCUGGAUCGAAAUUCACCUCCAUGGGCCUUUGCAGUGGCUGGAUAAGGUUCUGACCCAGAUGGGAUCCCCGCACAAUCCCAUCUCCUCUGUGUCGUGACACUGAACGUGCAAUGAGGCUGGGGAACCAUAGGCGUUGUAUUGGUUUAUAGCAACCACACAGACACAGUCUAGGUGUUCUACGUCAACAGUAUUUGAAUUAUCAUAUUUCAGAAUGUAUUGCUCUCCGAGACUGAAAAAUACUGUUCCUCUCAAAUACGGAAAAUGCACUAAACUUUGGUCUGCGACCACUUUACUGUCAAAGUCAGUUCAUUUCAGUUGUGCAGGAUAACAAAACAGAAAAAAAAAAAAAAUCUUCCAACACAGUUGUAGAAUAGUUUCUGAGAGGCUUUGUUUUAUUUUUAAAGAAUUUAUACUUCUGGCUUGAGAUUUGCUGUAUGUACUAUGCAGUCAUUGAACACUCCAACAGCCUGGAGAUGAAUGGGAUCAUUACGUAGGUACUAACACUCUUGAUAUUCUGUUAGACGGUGCUUGUGUUGGUUACAUUACUGCACUGAUACCUUUACUUGUUUUGUUGGAUUGUUUUAUAUAUAUAAACAUCAUUUCUGCCA